AUGAUUAUCUCGAGUCUCGAAACAUUCUUUUGUUGUGCCGUGGUUUUAACCUCAAUACCUAUCACUAUAGCGCUAAUCAGAUUAAUACGCAUUCUACCAUGUUUACGUCUACUGAAAUCAAUUAAUACAAAUAAACCACUACAUCUCAACUCUGGUAAAACAUUAGCCAAAGUUUCACGAUCAGAUUCGAGCAUUGCCGUAUUCCUAGGUUCUGGUGGUCACACGGGAGAAAUGAUGAAGAUGCUUUCAAAACUCGAUUUGCUGAGCCUACAAAGAACUUGGAUAUAUUCAUCUGGCGAUACACGAUCCUUGGACCAAGUUAAACUGGCAGAAAUACAAAUGAAACUGAUAGAAACUACCAAGAGUAGUAGUUGUGAUACACAACACUCUCGAUCCAAAGUGACAUAUCUAAGUGUUCCACGAGCUAGAAAAGUGGGACAGUCAUACUUCACAUCGGUGUUUACUACAGUAUAUUCGUUCAUCGUGGCAUCGGUUGUGUUAUUUUUCAACAAGCCUGAUAUUUUGCUCGUCAAUGGACCCGGUACGUGCAUUCCCAUAGCCUACAUUUUGUUUUUCUAUAAAUUCAUGGGCUUAUGCGCCACCAAAAUCAUAUAUGUAGAGAGCUUGGCCAGAGUCAACCGAUUGAGCCUUAGUGGGAAAUUGAUUUUACCCAUCGCUGAUAGGUUUAUUGUACAGUGGCCACAAUUAAGUCAAGUAUACGCUAGAGCCGAAUAUUACGGUAUUUUAAUAUAA